AUUUGUUAUACACAAAAACGUUACAAAAAUGGCAGAUGGAUGUGAUAAACUUAGAGUGCCCUCGAAUGCACACUUCGUGCUAGUUCACGGGGCCUGCCACGGCGGUUGGAGCUGGUACAAAAUCCGAUGUCUACUUGAAGGCGCCGGGCAGAAAGUUAGCUGCCCGGACCUUAGAAGCUCCGGGAUUGAUCCAUCCGAUGCUAAUACUAUUUUUACUUUCCAAGACUAUAAUAAGCCUGUUGAUGAUAUUUUAGCAGGCUUACCACCAGGUGAAAAGGUGAUUUUGGUGGGGCACAGUGCAGAAGGACACAGCGUAACAGACGCGGUCCAAAAUCCUCCUGAUAAAAUUCAAGCAGCAGUAUUUGUUGGCGCAACAAUGCUUCGUAAUGGAUUCCAAACUCAACAAGAUAGAAUUGAUGGAGCACCUGAGUUGUCUAGAUAUGGAGAUAUAUACGACUCUGAAUAUGGUCAAGGACAUGACAAUCCUCCAACUAGUGUCAUUUUUAAGAAAGAGUUUCAACGUGAGAUAUUAUACCAAAUAAGUCCUUUAGAGGAUUGCACAUUGGCAGCAAUGCUUCUAAGACUAUGCCCAGUCAGAGCCCUUAGUGGGGCCAUGUUUCCCGAAGGUAAAGCCUCUGAUAAGGUGCCACGUGUUUAUAUCAAGACGUUGCAUGACAAUGUUCUAUCACGUGAGCAGCAAGAUGUGAUGAUCAAGAGAUGGCCACCUUCUAAUGUUUAUGAAAUUGAUAGUGAUCAUUGUCCUAUGUUCUCUAACCCUUCUCAUCUCUUUGGCUUACUUCUCAAGGUUGCUUCUAAUAGUGGUUCUAAUGUAUUUUAA